ACCCUUAAACCCUACAACAACGUUCACAUAGAAAAUAGCAUUAGAAUCGCAACUUGUUUCUCUUCUUCAAACGGCGAUGGCGGAUUCUUCAACCAACCCCAACAACGACCAGAAGACACGUCUCUACCAUCCCUACCAAGACCUCAACGUCCCCAUCCAAAAGCUCUACAACCUCCCCACCUCACCGGAGCACCUCUUCCCUGAAGAAGCCGCCAGGACCCACCGAUCAUGGGGCGACAAUCUCCAGUUCUACACCGGCUCCGCCUACCUCGCCGGCGCCAUCAUCGGCGGCUCCAGGGGGACCGUUGAAGGUCUCAAAGCCGCGGAGAUCGGCGAGUCGCUCAAGGUCCGGCUCAGCCGGGUUCUUAACUCGGGGGGCCAGGGCGGUCGCAGGCUUGGAAACUCGCUUGGGGUGUUGGGGUUGAUCUUUGCCGGGUUGGAGAGUGGUAUGAUUCAUCUCAGGGGUAGGGAUGACUUGGUCAACAGCGCUGUUGCUGGACUUGGUACCGGAGCGCUUUACAGGGCGGCGGCGGGGCCGCGAUCAGCUGCUAUUGCCGGUGCUAUUGGAGGAAUUGCGGCGGCGGCCGCGGUUGCUGGGAAGCAAGCUUUGAAACGACAUGUUCCUAUUUAAAAGAUGGUGAAGAAUUUGGUGAUCCAAAUUAAGAUUAAAUUGGCAAUUUGAAUUGAAUUUUGUUUUAGAUUUUGCUACAUGUCACAUGGUUGCUAAUAACCAUGAAUUUAUGUAUAUUGUAGCAUACUUGGCCAUGAAUUAUUAUUAUAAGUUGCAUUCUGCACAUUGUGUACUAUUUUCCAGAAUUUUCAGUAGUAUUGUGCCACAUGAGAAGAUUGAUUCAACAAA